CACCCAAACCAAACCAAACCAAACCAAACCAGUAAGAGAGAGCUGCAACAUACACACAGUGAGGACACACAGCGCAUGUUCUCAUUGAACACGAAUCAACACGAGGGCUUCUUCUUGGAUCGGAACGGCAUGGCGUUGCCGAACAUCGGCCUAUUUUCGCCUCCGGCAGCUGGACACGCCACGUCGCCGGCUGAGGACCCCAAUAAAAAAAUCCGAAAACCCUACACCAUUACCAAGUCACGUGAGAGCUGGACCGAACCGGAGCACGACAAGUUCCUCGAAGCGCUCCAGCUCUUCGAUCGUGAUUGGAAGAAGAUUGAAGCAUUUAUUGGAUCCAAAACAGUAAUUCAGAUACGUAGCCAUGCACAGAAGUAUUUUCUUAAAGUUCAAAAGAGUGGAACCAAUGAGCAUCUUCCGCCACCUCGGCCAAAGAGAAAAGCUGCUCAUCCAUAUCCCCAAAAAGCUUCUAAAAUUGCUCCAGUUCUUUCACAAGAGAGACCAUCCUAUCAAGGCUCAGCUGCUGUUCCUGAUAAUGGAUUUGGAAGGAAGCCUGAUCCUUCUGCAAUACUAAGAAAUGAAUCUGCUGCAUCUAUACCUGGCUGGACAGAGAAACCUUUGCAGAACACCAAAGUUUUGCAUGCAACUGGAGGUGAUACCGGACAAACGAUGCCCUAUAUUUGCUCUUCUGGUAGCAACAACAGCACAACAAGGACAAGGCCCACAGUUCUCCCUGAUUUUGUUCAAGUGUACAGUUUCAUAGGCAGUGUCUUCGACCCAAAUGUGACUGGCCAUUUGCAGAAAUUGAAGAAGAUGGACCCUAUCGAUAUUGAAACAGUACUAUUGUUGAUGAGAAAUCUCUCAAUCAAUUUGGCUAGUCGUGAUUUCGAGAAUCAUCAGAGAAGGGUGCUGUCCUCAUAUGAGAUUGACCCCAAGAAGGACAAUGCUUUCUAUGUCACUGGUUCUAUCCUUUGUAGCCAAUCUGAGGGUGCAGGCUAACUUUGUGUGUCAUUGGUGCUUUCAUGCUUUGGCUCUGGGCAAACUUUUAAUGUGUCCUAAGGAAAAGUUGCCAAUUCCUAUGGUUGUAAGUAUCGUUCUUGUUAAAUCGUCUUCUGGCUAUGCAGUUAGUGUGCCUUGUACAUUACAUACAGGCAAAUGCAAUAAAAAUGAGAGGGGGUAUUUGCCAGAAUGUAAAUUCUGAUUCACUAUUGUCUGUAAAUGCAAAUUUUGAUCAUAUAGUGCAGCUAUAUAUUUUAGAUGA